AUGGAUAAUCAGUCACGCAAUGGAAGUAUCGGCUUUGACGUCCCUGGCAUCACGAAUCAGCCGCCUCAGAUCUUUGGCGGCUUCAAUCUAGAUGGCACUCCCGCUGCGGCUGUUCUUCCUGGUCCAGUUUUUCAAGACCAUGGCGACGUCGGAAGUGCAGACGACAACGAUUCAAAGAGAAGGCGAAUUGCUAGAGCAUGCGAUAUGUGCCGGAGGAAGAAGAUUAAAUGUGAUGGGCGCAUGCCGAAAUGCUCACACUGUAUCAAUUACAAAACAGAGUGUGUGUUCACGCAGGUCGAGAAGAAAAGGAAUCCUCCGAAAGGUGCCAAGUACAUAGAGGGCCUAGAAAACCGGCUUGGUCGCAUGGAAGCCCUGCUUAAGAUGUCUGGGCUUCUUUCAGAAGAUGAUGGAGGGAAGACAGAUCUGGGAACCCUCGAAAAAAGGCUCGCAGAAAAGGCCAGUCCAAACGCCGACAAUUCCCGCCGAAACUCCCCAAAGAUAUCGAGUGGAACAGAGUCGUAUCACAGCACUCCGCAAAACCUGGAAAUACUCUCCAGUCCUCGUAUAUCCGUAGCCACCCCUGGCUCCGAGAAGGACAAGGAGAGAGAGAAAGAGAAGGAAGCUGAGGUCGAAGCCCUCUCAGAUAUGAUGUGUUCUCUAGUCACGAACAAUUGUGGCGAAACUAGAUAUAUUGGCUCAUCCUCCGGCUUCUCAAUUUUCUCGCCCAAGGGUAUCCAGUGGGUCAGUGAGAAGACAGGCGAUUCAUCCUUUCAGGACAUGAUAUCGUCUUCGUCUGUGGACGACAACAAAUGGAUAUACUGGAAGCCGGAGAUAUUCAGCGAUCUGUUUAUGAGGCGAGUCUUCAAGCCCCUUCCGCCAAAGGACGAGGCAUUGUCUCUGCUCAAAGACUACUUCGAAAACUUCAAUUGCAUGUUCCCACUUUUUCAUGAGCCUACCUUCAUGCAUCUGGUAGAGAGACAAUAUUCUCCACAGCCAUAUGAAGGAAGCGGUUGGUGGGCCAGCAUCAACGUGGCGUUGGCAAUUUCGCAUCGCUUAAGAGUGAUGAGCAAUCUUGUACCGGCAGAAGAGGAUCAAAAAGCAUGGCUGUAUCUCAAGAACGCUAUGGCAGUACUGACAGAGCUGACGAUGCGAAACACGGACUUGUUAAGCGUGCAAGCCUUGCUUGGAAUGUCAUUGUUCUUGCAAGGCACACCUAAUCCACAACCAUCAUUCUUCUUGAUUGCAGCAGCUGUCCGUCUGUCCCACAGCAUAGGCUUGCACAAGAGAGGGUCAGGGUUCAACCUCAACCCGGUCGAAGCGGAACAGAGGAAGCGAGUAUUUUGGAUCGGUUAUUUGCUGGACAAAGAUAUCUGCCUUCGAUCUGGACGACCUCCUGUACAGGAUGAUGAUGACAUGAACGUUGAACUACCUUCCGAAGAUCCACCUGACAACAUUGGCAAUAUUCCACUCGCGGAUGGGAAAGGCAAGACCAAUCUAUUCCGCUUGAUGUGCACCUUCGCCAUUAUUAGUAGUAAGGUGUACAAACGCUUGUAUGCAGUCAGUGCCUCGCGCCAGUCAGAUGGUGAGCUGCUGAACACGAUUGGUGAAUUGGAUAAAGAGCUUGAGGAGUGGAAGGAUGGGAUUCCAAUUGACUUUCGUCCGGAGCAUGAGAUCAAAGCGUCACACACGCCACUGAUCUUACACAUCGUGGUUCUCCAUUUCGCCUACUACAACUGCCUCACUACCAUUCACCGAAUGUCGGUUCAUCACGGAUAUUGGACCAGCCGACUUUCCAAUUAUGCUAUCCAGGGGCUCAAUGCCAGACCCCUAAACCCCCGGGUCUUCUCUUCAGCGGCGUUGUGUGUAUCAGCUGCAAGAGCGUCGAUCCAUCUCAUCAAGUAUAUACCACAAGGGGACUUUGCCUGCGUCUGGUUGAUUCUGUAUUUCCCCGUUUCUGCACUUGUCACCUUGUUUGCCAAUAUUCUUCAAAACCCUCAAGACCCUCGUGCUCGUGCUGAUGUAAAGCUGAUGAAUCUGGUGGUCAACUUCCUGUCCAUGCUGGUUUCCGAUGAAGAGAACGGGAGUGUCAGGCGCAUGCUGGGGAUCUGCUCAGAGUUUGAACGCAUCGCCAAAGUUGUCCUAGACAAGUCAGAGAAAGAGACACACUCCAGAAAGAAGAGAAAGCCAGCGGCUGAUGACAGCGCGAACGAUCCAUUGCCAAGACAAGCCAACGGUCAACGCUCAUCCCCCAGUCAACCUGAUCCACAGAGCAUGUCCACGGCAUCGGCUGCUUUUACACCUGGUAUGAGCGGUAUGUCGAACCCUUUGUUCAGUCCUUCGAUGAUGAAUGCGAAUGUCUACUCGCCACCACAGAUGUUGACAGGGCCGCCAAUGAUGCCUGGUUAUGAAGCCAAUUACAACGGCCUGAUGACGCCACCAAAUGGCUUGGCCAAUAGCAUUCUUGACGGACAGGAAAAUCCAAGCAAUAUGGCUUCUCCUUUGAACCUCGGUGCUUUCCAGCAGCCAUUCGUUCCCCAGGACUUGUGGCAAAUGCCAAUGACGCUUGAAUGGGAUUGGGCCGACAUGACCAAUACUGGAUUUCCUGGUUAUGAAAAUUCGGCCAAUGGAAUCGACGGUGGCAUAGCGCCACAAUAG